AUGGGUCCCGAUGAAGAGAUAGAGGGGCCACCUCCUCGCUUUCUAGGCGAUGACCCCAGACCGACCAGCAAGAAGGAGCUCGCGGGCUGGUAUUGCUACGGCUGGGCUGCCGAGGUGUUCACUGUCUGUGCAAUGGGUACAUCCCUCCUCCCUCCCUUAUAUGUGAGCUUCCUCAUUCCUAACCAGCCUUAUAUAGGGUCGUUUCUCCCGAUCACGCUGGAACAGCUAGCACGAGAUCAGGGUGUUCUUCUAUCAGAUAAAACAACUCCGUGUAGCCUAACAUGGAACCCGGCCAAACAUCCACUCAAAGACACCGGGUACAGCGUGCAAUCCCCAGCAACCGGCCAAUGCGUUGUCUAUAUCCUGGGUGCUGAGGUCAACACUGCUAGUUUCGCCUUGUAUACAUUCUCUCUAAGUGUCUUGGUCCAGGCUAUUCUGAUUAUUUCCAUGUCUGGGGCCGCUGAUCAUGGAAGUUAUCGCAAAAAGUUGCUUGUCCUUUUUGCCUUUGUCGGCUCAAUAGCUACAAUGCUGUUUCUUGCUGUGAUUCCCCGGGUUUACCUUCUCGGCGGGUUUCUUGCCAUCGUUGCGAAUACAUGCUUCGGUGCGUCCUUUACAUUGUUGAAUUCCUUUUUACCAGUCCUCGUGCGCUACCACCCAGCCAUGCUGGAAAAGGACGGCGAACGUCAAGUACUUGGUUCGCAGAGCUUGGGAUCAGCACAAGAAGAACUUUCUCCGACAAUCGAAAAUGGUAAUCACGGUGAUUAUUUCGAUUCAUCAACGCCCCUAUUACAACCCACUUCUGGAGAUGGCAGAAAGGCAGAGGGAGUGACCUCUUUGGAACUUAAUCUUUCCACCAGAAUUUCCUCCAAUGGCAUUGGAAUAGGCUAUAUUGGGGCAGUGAUUCUACAAAUGCUCCUUAUCUUCGUCGUGGCGAUGACCAACCAAACGACAUUAUCACUACGUCUUGUGAUGUUUCUCAUCGGCCUGUGGUGGUUUGUAUUCACCAUCCCAGCAAUGACCUGGCUGCGUCCCCGACCCGGUCCCCCUCUUUUAGGAACUGAUGGGAAACCCCUCGACUCUUGGUCAGCGUAUAUCGUGCAUGCGUGGAAGUCUCUCGGGAAAACUGCAAUGCGCGCACGCCGUCUCAAAGACAUCCUCCUCUUCCUUGCGGCCUGGUUCCUGCUCAGCGACGGUAUCGCCACUGUCAGCGGGACAGCCGUACUUUUUGCGAAAACGCAGCUGGACAUGAAACCGGCUGCUCUGGGGCUGAUCAAUGUGAUCGUCAUGAUCGCCGGUGUCUUUGGGGCCUUUUCCUGGAGAUACGUAUCGAACUUUCUUGGGUUACGCGCAUCGCAGACUAUCAUUGCCUGCAUCCUCCUCUUUGAACUCAUCCCCAUCUACGGGAUCCUCGGGUUCGUUCCAUCCGUGCAGCGACUCGGCAUUGGUCUCCAGCAACCUUGGGAAAUGUACCCGCUGGGGGCGGUCUAUGGACUGGUCAUGGGAGGUCUAUCCUCCUAUUGUCGGAGUUUCUUUGCCGAGCUCAUUCCACCUGGAUAUGAGGCCGCAUUCUAUGCACUGUAUGCAAUUACCGACAAGGGAUCUAGUAUCUUUGGUCCUGCCAUCGUGGGCAUGAUUGCCGAUCGAUAUGGGGAGAUUCGACCAGCCUUUGUGUUCCUGGCCGUUCUAAUUAUCCUACCAUUGCCCCUGAUGUUGCUUGUAGAUGCUGACCGUGGUAAACGAGAUGCGCUCGAGCUUGGAGCUGAACUAGACCGGAUCUCAGAAACCACGGCCACGGGUUAUGGGACUAUGUCGGAUAGAGUGGAAGAUCCAUUGCGAGCCGAAAGGUGUGGCUCGGACCAUGUAGAUCAAUUUACCUUUCUUCAUUUGGACCUCUCGGGCUCUUCUCCGCUGACAUCUUUCUUCCUUAUCUUUGUACGGUGUGUAAGUGUGGACAGAUCGCUAGAUUGA